ACGCGAAUCUCAACAAGAUUCACUCACUGAUCGUCCAGCCAUCCAUCCCUCGCCGAGCAUUUCCCGCCACUCCCAGCCGCCACCAUCGGAUAACAACGCACCCUGCCAUCCAAACAUCCCCGACAACACGCUCUCAGUCUCACACGAACACCGGAACGGCAUCAACGGCACGGGAUCCCAGAAGAUCGCAAAGAUGCAUGCUGUCCUUUCUUCUUACAUCCCCGCCACUUCGUAUUCGAGGUCGUUCUUGCCGCAGCCGCCGCAGGCUCCGGUGAGGCUCCUCCUCCCUCAGGGAGCGAGGGGCGCUGCUGUCGCCGUUAAGAGGACAGCUGCGGAGGCAGCAGGCCGGUGUGUGGCGGCGUCGGCGUCCGCGUCGUCGUCUCCGGCCACCACCGCGGUGUCGACGGAGGUGCCCGGGGAGAUGAAGGCGUGGGUGUACGACGCGUACGGGGACGCCAGCGUGCUCAAGCUCGACGGCGCCGUGGCGGUCCCGGCGGUGGGCGAGGACCAGGUGCUGGUCAAGGUCGUCGCCGCGGCGCUCAACCCCGUCGACGCCAAGCGCCGAGCCGGCAAGUUCCAGGCCACCGACUCCCCUCUCCCGACCGUGCCGGGGUAUGACGUCGCCGGCGUCGUAGUGAAGGUCGGCAGCCAGGUGAAGAGCUUCAAAGAAGGCGACGAGGUGUACGGGAUGAUCAGCGAGAAGCCCCUGGAGGAUCCCAAGCAGUCCGGCUCGCUGGCGGAGUACACCGCCGUCGAGGAGAAGCUGCUGGCGCCGAAGCCCAAGGGCCUCGACUUCGCGCAGGCGGCCAGCCUACCGCUCGCCAUCGAGACCGCCAACGAGGGCCUGGAGCGGGCGGGCUUCUCAGCCGGCAAGUCCAUCCUUGUCCUCGGCGGCGCCGGCGGUGUCGGUUCCCUUAUCAUCCAGCUGGCAAAGCAAGUCUACGGCGCGUCGAAGGUCGCCGCGACGGCCAGCACCAAGAAGCUCGAGCUGCUAAAGAGCCUGGGUGCCGACGUCGCCAUCGACUACACCAAGGAGAACUUUGAAGACCUGCCGGAGACGUACGAUGUUGUCUUGGACGCAGUCGGUCAGGGUGACAAGGCUGUCAAGGUGGUGAAGGAAGGCGGUAGCGUGGUGGUCCUCACCGGCGCCGUCAGCCCUCCUGGGUUCCGGUUCGUGGUCACCUCCAAUGGCUCCGUCUUGGAGAAGCUCAACCCUUACCUAGAGUCCGGAAAGGUGAAGCCGCUUAUCGACCCGAAGGGCCCGUUCCCCUUCGCGCAGGUUGUGGAGGCGUUCUCCUACCUUGAGACCGGGAGAGCAACCGGCAAAGUAGUCAUCUCUCCCAUUCCGUGAGAGCUGUAAAUUGCAGAGUUUGUUCACUGGCCUUUUGAGAGCAGGCCUGAAAUUCUGGAGUGUGUCAGGUAGUCUAAAACUAUGUUUAUUUCAGGUACAGUCCAUAGAAUUACAAAGAGGUGUACAUUGUGCUCAUUGCUGAACCACUUAUCCGCGUUUCAGUCUGUGUGAACAGAUAAAUACAGUAAGGUACCUCUGUUGUUACAUGCA